AUGUUUUUACACCAUAAAACAACUAGAUCACUAUCGAUAUCCAUUUUCAUCAUUACCACCACACUCUUUCUAUUUUCCGUUCAUCACGUAGCAGCUAUUAUUCAACAUGCCCAAUCAUCAUCAUCAUCUUAUGAAUUUUCAACCACAUCCGACCACAAUACCAUCACGAUCAUGAAUCACGCCAUGAUGAUGAAAACCCUCUCUUCUAGCAUUCCUUCCUAUAACUUUACAUAUGGUGGACGAUUGAGUACAUCCGAAUUGUUACAACAAAUCAUGAUGACCAACAAUACCUCUCGGGAAUCUGCUCUCUCGACCAUUGCCUCUCAAUUCUAUGCGUUUAGGCUUCCAAUCCGAUUUUCCAAUAAUUUAAAUGUCAUCUCGGAACGUAUUGAAGUGAUUGCCUUUGAUCCAUACAAUGGUACCAUCUAUCUCAUCGUGAAUGGCUAUAACGUCGAGUCAUACUUUUAUGGAAAGAAUGCUUCAACGAGCAGUGAUAGUAGCAACAAUAAGAUUGUUCCUUUGUUUUCGGAAAUAAUGUCUCCUUAUUUUCCGACUGCUUUUGAUGGAAAAAGUUUUGUCUUGAUUUUUGAACCCAAUGGUUUUGCCAAUAUUUUGAAACAAAGUGAUAAUGCAACGACAUGUCGAACGGUACUUCACAUGCCCUCUUUUAAAAUGUUUAAUCCUGUGAAUGUGAGAAAUCAAUUUGUGAUUUCCAAUGUAUAUGGAAUGGGUGGAAUUCAAGUGAUGAAUAAGGAAAGUGGAGAAUGCCUCACUUUCAAUAACGAAGGAUAUCUCAAUAAUUUAAUGGCAACAUUUAGUGUGUGUAACAAGACAAAUCCAAAUCAAUUAUUUGUUUGGACAGGUGCAUAUUUGGUUCCAAAAUAUCCAAUCAAUGAUAACAUGUAUCAAGCUCUCAAGAGAGAUUUUGCAUUUGGAACAUCUUUCUUGCCAUUUUCACCAGGAUUUAAGUAUAUUCGAAUGACCAUGCAAUUUGUGACGCCAGCCAACUAUGAUCUUGUUCGUGCCGAUAAGACUUUGAAUUUUACAGACUCCAGUAUUGAACAAUUUUAUAAGGAAAACACGAUACUGAUUGACGACAACUUGAAGGGUAACAUUACAGCCCUAAUUUCACAAGCGCUCAAUUCAAACAUGAUUUCCCAACUUGCUUUCAAGUGGUCUCGUGCAAGCUCAAUGUAUUCGCCUGGCUCUAGCGCUCUUGUUGUUGCAGUAACACUCGUACUGCUUGUGACAAUGUUGGUGCAGACUUCAUAUUUUUAA